AUGGCAGUCAUCGCAACUCACCGAUCUAGAGGAACUCAAACUUAUUUGCGAGGUGUGGGGAGGGGAAUAUCCACAUAUGACUCAUUGAACGAUAAUGAAAUUACGGAAGCGUACUGGAAGGCUCGCACUGAUUUUGACAUCGCCAUAGACGAAUUAAAAGACAGAAUAAAACUAUUGGAAAUGACGAGGUUUGAAUUUUUAAAGUGUAAGUUGAAAUAUUGA